CACCAUUUCGCUUGGAUCUCAUUUUCCAAAUGGGGCGAAACAAGCGCAAUCCCCCACCGAACCGUACUCUGGCUCCACCGCCGCCUGCCGACGCCCCUGUCCGGCUCCCCGUUGUGACGGUAGAAGAGGGCGGCGACAUCGCCGCCAUUCGUGCUUACUGCGAAAAGGCCCUCGUAUGCCUCCAGCGGGGCAACGAGCCCAAGGCGUUGCGGCUCAUGAAGGAGGCCCUCGCUCACCACGGUGAGGGGUCGCCACUUCUCCUCCGUGCGCAUGCCACAGUGCAUGCAUGCGCCGCUGACGUCCUCAGUGACCCCGCAGCCCGCGCCCGCCACCACCAAGCCACGCUCCAAGCCACCCAUCGCGCCAUCAAUCUCGCACCAGAUUCUGUUGAGCUCGCCCACUUCCAUGCCACACUCCUCUUUGAAACCGCCUCCAAUUCUCACGACUACGAGAAAUCGGCUGCCGAGUGCAAGCGUGGUCUCAAUAUUGAGGCGCCCUCUGACCCGGCAUCCCACUCCCUGCUGCUUCCAGCCCGCAACAUUGAGCAGAUCAGAUCUCAGCUCAACACACUAAUGGAGAAGGCCCAUGUGGCAUCCGUGUCUAAGUGGCUCAAAUCCAUCGGUGAGGAUGACAAGUUGGCGCAGCUUUGCCUGGCUGACAAAACCAUUGAGCCCGACCUUGCCCCUGUGGGAACCAGUGAGGAUAUAAAGACUCUUCACGAAUACUUCACCGAGAAGGUCGAUUUGCUAGCUGCUAAGAUAUUGAUGCAGGAGAAGCAGCAGGAACAGCAAAAUGGGUUCAAGAAGGCUACAAAGACCCCCGAGGAGCGCCGCAUGGAGAUCGAGGUGCAAGUCACUGCAAUGAGGUUGCUAGAGCAGCAUCAGCAACACAGUGUUGUUGGUGCUACCUCCUCACCACCACAUUCACCGGAAGACGAAGGUCCCUCCACAUCAUCUCGGUUUCAUGUGUGACAUCGUCAUGUUUGAUCCUUUCAUGUAUACCUGAGUUUGUCUAGGGCUAGGCACAAGUUCCCUUCCCUUUCGCUAAUUAGCCGUGCUGCUUCAUUUUGUAGCUGGCUACUGAACUCUUGUUGUUUCCAGCUUGUAGCUAAGUGUGUUUGAGAACAAUGCAGUGAGAAAUUAAGCAUCUGGACCUUAUUUAUAUGCAUGCUUUUGUUUACUUGCAAUCUAA